AAGAAGUCAUCAAGCACCAAUGUCCGUAUUUGGAUCAACUCUCCAAACACUGCUUUUCUGGCAUCUAACCCAGAUCCGAUGGUUGACGUGGGUAGCGCUGUUAGUGUUUCUGAGCUAAACUUGUAUACAACCGCAUAUUUUGCUGGUCUUACUCCCUCUUCUCUGACUUUGGCCUCCUAUGAUUUGAAAGGAGCACUAAUAUCUCAAGCAACUAAUGGAAAUUUAAGCAGAGACUCUGAAUGCACGUAUCCAUACAUAUUCCCCGCAUCAAAGGGAAGCUGUGCACUUGGUCCAUUUGUGCAAGAACUUACCGUAUUAAAUGGUACUUCAAGCGUGACGCGCUUGAUUCCAGGUUUUUGCGCUCAACCAGAUCAUCCCACUCCAAGUCCUUUCACAUGCCUGAAUGGAGGCACUAAAGCUGGUACUGGCACAUGCCGUUGCACUGAACAAUUCUCGGGACGAAAUUGCGCCAUACCAGUCUGUCUCAACGGAGGUGUUGUAGAGAAGUUCCCCGGUAAUGGAAGACCGUUAUGCGAUUGUCCAGUUGGUUAUGGUGGAGAUCACUGUGAAAUUUUGUCGUGCACUACCCCUUCUUCAAAUGUAUUCGGCUCAGCUAAACGAUCUCUGGCCGUUGUUAUUCAAAAUAGUUUUUCACAAGCGCAGGUAAAUCUCUAUAUUACUGGAACUAUAUAA